AUGGCAUCCACAAAGCCCGCUUCGAGUCUCAUUUACCAGGCAUGGAACAAACUCAGUAUCAACCAAACCAUCCCUAGUGACUCCCUUGAAUUACUUGGGGAGCGUUUGGCUAUUGCCUUCGCACCCAAACUCAAGGAGCAACGAAGGAAUGGCCGGCGUCGGAAUCUGGAAUAUGUGGCACAACAUCGACGGAAGAUUGCUCGAAAAAUCUACUUGGAGAUUCUGGAGAAAGACCCAAAUAUCUUUCUUCCUUUUAUCCUGGCUGUUUCCCCUAGAGCAUGCUUAUCCUUUGAUAUCUCGAGCUUUCUUGAACAGCACCAAAGCCAAGGAAGACAUUUCCUCCGCAACAAUGCCGAAGCGAUCCUCUGGGGUCUCGCAAAGAAACAUGACAUUGAUGGCUCCCUCCAUUUCAGGAAGCUGAUGCGUGAGAUUUUCCAACUGUCUCCUCCAGCGACAGAAGCCGAAGGCAAGGAGCAUUAUUCAUUGCAUUUAAGCACUCUCCCCGCAAUCCGCAAUGCCUUCGGUGAUGUUAUCUUUGACGCAAUUGAACGUUCCCCUACACAGGUGACAGCGAGAGCUAAAGGUUAUUUCUCUGAGAAAACCGAAAGUGUUUGGACAAAAGUUCCCUACAGAAGUUCUCAAGACGCAAUCAUAUCUCUUGAAGUAGGGUCGGCAAUCGAGCUUGCGAAUGUGUUGUUCCCAAUCGCAACCCAAAAAAUUGUCUCUAUCCUUUCCGCAUGUUCUCCCACUGUGCGCCAGAAGAACUUUUCUGAGGCUAUUCUCGGCCCAGACCCUCAGGAUACACCGGCAACAUCAUCAGAAAUCGGUAUGAAGUUUAAGGUACACAUGACUGCAGUUGCUAAUUCCACCCUGUGCUAG